AUGAGUGAUUUCUACAUAAUUAUUCAUAUUGCCACAACUUGUGAUAAUACAUCAUUAAAUUGUGUUGCAAAAGAUUCGACCGAAUUGAUUGAGUUCGCCUGGUCAACUAUUGAUGCAACAACUUUGGAGAUACUACAUCAAGAAACAAUAUUAGUUCGUCCAAUCAACACUCCAAUAACACCUUAUUGUUCACAGUUACAUGGUAUUUCAUGGGAACAUGUUAGAAAUGCAAAUACCUUUAAAGAUGCCAUUGUCAAAUUUGAUUCUUAUAUGCAACAAGAAGUUAUUAAAAACGAUACAGAAUUUUGUUUAAUUACUUUUGAUAUAUCGAAAUUAAAAAUUCAAUUAUCAAGAGAAGCACGGGAUAAGUCUGUUGUUUUACCUUCAUAUUUACAACAUCCAAGAGUUUUUGAUUUUCCAAAUGAGUAUUUAAAAUGGCAAAAAAGUCAUCCAGAAGCUUUAUCUUAUACAGCAUCAUCAUUAAGUAAUAUUAUUACAGCAUUAGAAGUGGAAGUGAAAAAUAUUGAUAGUUUUGCAAAUACAUCAAUUUCCUCCUCAUCGACCCCACCUCCAUCUUAUCAACAACAACAACAAAAUGAGACUCAAGUAAAUGAAUCAGAAACAAAAGCUAAGAGUUUAAUAAACUUGUAUUCUCAAUUAGUUACUCAAUUAAUGAAAAAAUCUCUUCCUAUUGAAGAUCAUCCCGAUGUUUUCACAAAACCUUAUGAUCUAGCUCAAGAUGCUCAGGUAUUUUUGUCAGAAAGGUCAAAAAUUUUAUAUCUUUCUAAUUUAUCAAGUGAUACAACACAAUCAGAAUUAGAAUCUUGGUUCACACAAUAUGGUGGUAGACCCGUUGCAUUUUGGACUUUGAAAAAUUUAGAAAAUAAUAAUGAUAAUAAAUCAAAUAAGAAAGGUAUUUCAGGUUUUGCUAUAUUUGGUACACAUGAAGAAGCUGCUGAAUCAUUAGCGAUGAAUGGUAGAUUAUUAAGUGAUCGUGCUAUAGAAGUUGAACCAUCAUCAUCAAGAGUUUUAGAUAAAGCUUCAGAAUUAUUAACACCAUUUCCACCUUCCAAAAAUAGACCAAGACCUGGUGAUUGGACAUGUCCAUCAUGUGGAUUUUCAAAUUUUCAAAGAAGAACUCAUUGUUUUAGAUGUUCAUUUCCUGCAUCAAGUGCAGUGGCAAUCCAAGAAUCGAUGUAUUCAAAAAAUAAUAAUAGUCGGAGAAUAAAUAACAUUACAACCCAACCAGUUCAAGUUCAACAACAACCACAACCACAACCAAUUCAACAACAAUUACCAGUUACAACACCAUUUAUUCAACAGGAUUUAAGCAAUCAAGAAAAUAUUAAUCAAAAUCAAAAUCGUUCACAUUAUAAUAGUAGUGUUCCAUUUAGAGCUGGUGAUUGGAAAUGUGAUCUUUGUCUGUAUCAUAAUUUUGCUAAGAAUUUAUGUUGUUUAAAAUGUAGUGCUGCAAAACCAAUAGUCAAAAUUAAUCAACUUCAUAAUUCAAUUCAUUCAGUUAAUUCGACAGCAGCAGCAAUUGCAGCAGCUACAGCUAGUGGUCAACCAUUAAAUGUAAGUAAUGGAUUUAUGAAUUUACAACAACCUCAACCGCAUCAUUAUAAUCAACAACAACAACAACAACGUCAAUUUAGAAAUGGAUAUAAUCAGCAACAACCACAGCAACAAAAUUAUUCUCAGCAAUAUCAAAAACAUCAAUUUCAACAAUUGAAUCAAAGAUCAGCAAAUACACCACCAGUUGUAUCUCAAGUAUUAAUGUAUAAUCAACAAUCUAAUCAAUUACCUAACUCAGGUACACCAAAUUCAAAUCCUGAAAUUGCAACACCAUCGUCCCAACAAAGAUUUUCAUCAGCAGUUGUUCAAAAUUCACCUGGAUUAUAUUCAUCAAUGUAUCAAAAUAGUUUUAACAAUAGAAGUAAUAAAUCAUUACAACAAGAAAAUAAUUCAUCUGCAUUGCAAUCAUUUAGUUCAUUGAAUUCUCAAAUGAAUUCUUUAAAUUUAAAUUAG